ACAAACACUCUACACGAAGACAGAGAGAGAGAACCAAACAAAGAAAAGAGAAGGAGCCUUGGUUGGUUCACCCCUUUGCUUCGUUGUUGUUGUUGUUGUUGUUGAGAAGUGAGAAAUAGAAGAAGAAGAAGAAGAAGAAGGUGUUGAUCGGAUGCGAUGAGCACACAAGGACAAGGGAUAGAGGAGGCGGUGCUGGAUGACAUAAUCCGGCGACUCACGGAGGUCCGAAUGGCCCGACCCGGAAAGCAGGUUCAGCUAUCAGAGGCUGAGAUCAAGCAGCUUUGCCACGCUUCCAGAGACAUCUUCAUUAGCCAGCCCAAUUUGCUCGAACUCGAAGCCCCCAUCAAGAUUUGCGGUGACAUUCAUGGCCAGUACAGUGAUUUGUUAAGGCUCUUUGAGUAUGGUGGUUUGCCUCCUAGUGCUAAUUAUCUCUUUUUAGGAGAUUAUGUGGAUCGUGGGAAGCAGAGCUUAGAAACUAUUUGUCUUUUGCUUGCGUAUAAAAUCAAAUAUCCAGAAAACUUUUUCCUUCUGAGGGGCAAUCAUGAGUGUGCUUCCAUUAAUAGGAUAUAUGGAUUUUAUGAUGAAUGUAAGCGAAGGUUUAAUGUGAGGCUUUGGAAAGCCUUUACAGAGUGUUUUAACUUCCUUCCUGUGGCAGCUCUUAUAGAUGAUAAAAUAUUGUGCAUGCAUGGUGGUCUUUCCCCUGAACUUACAAACUUGGAUCAAAUCAGGAAUCUACCUCGCCCAACUGCUAUUCCAGACUCUGGCUUGCUUUGUGAUUUGCUUUGGUCUGAUCCUGGUAGAGAUGUGAAGGGUUGGGGUAUGAAUGACAGAGGAGUCUCCUACACCUUUGGCCCUGAUAAGGUGGCUGAAUUUUUGACAAAGCAUGACUUGGACCUCAUUUGCCGUGCUCAUCAGGUUGUAGAGGAUGGGUAUGAAUUCUUUGCCGACAGGAAACUUGUUACAAUAUUUUCAGCUCCAAACUACUGUGGUGAAUUCGACAAUGCUGGUGCAAUGAUGAGUGUGGAUGAUAACCUGAUGUGCUCUUUCCAGAUUCUUAAGCCUGCGGAGAAAAAAGUAAAGUUCAUGAUGUCAAACAAGAUGUGAUCGCCGGCACAUCUCUAUUCCUUAAUUAACUAAGAUGUAUUGGUCGGGUUAAAUUAAAAUCUGAAGAUGUAGAUGUAGAUUGGGCAAUCUUUAGUUCUAUCUAUUCUGAGGGAACGACGAGCAAGUUUAAUGCUAUAUAAUCCAUCCAGUCAUGCAGUGAUCAUAAUCUGCUAGUUAUAAGAUAUUUAAGUUCUGCUGAAUGGCCACAAGAGCAAAGGUUUCCAUCUUUCUUUCUUUCUUUUUUCCUUUUAGCUUUUGUCAUAAUUAUUCUGCGACACAAUAUGUACAUAUAUGUGUUGUGGAUGGCUAUGGAAAAGACCUACUUUGCUCUGAAAGGUUGUCAGAGUAAUAGACUAUCAAUAUAAACUGAUAGAGCAGUUUGUGUUGAUGAUUCUUGCCGCUUUUACUCGGAUAGUAAAGAUGCCAUUGCUGGGUUUAUGGUUUCAUAUUGGUCUGUAUUUUGUACUGUUGGAUCUAAUCAUCAGAAUUCAGAACUAUUGCUGCUGUUACCUUAUUAGGGAACAUCCUUGUUACUUUGUUUGAUUGGAUUCGAAGGAAUUUUCAGAUUGACUGACAUUCCAAGG